UCACUGACCUCAGCUUCGUACUCAAACAAAAAAUUCAACGGCCAUGAUCUAAUGUGGUUAUGGUUUUCCUGAUCCUUUUUAUAUAGCCUCAGUGAACGUUCGGCCCCAAAACCCUACUGGUUUGUCACUGUUAUUGUUUGUGAAGAAUCGGGUAGUUUGCGUCGGAGUUUUUCGGAUCGGGUCAGGUAGCAAUGGCUGAGAAGCCCGAAAGUGUGGACUCGCCGGUGGAAUCGGUGGUGGAGAAGAUAAGCGAGAAGAUCCACGCGCACGAAGACUCAUCGUCUUCAUCAUCGGACUCGGAUAACGAGAAACCGCCAUCUCCGUCAUCCGUGAAGGCCAAGGUUAACAGGCUUUUCGGGAGGGAGAGACCGGUGCACCAUAUUUUUGGUGGAGGAAAGCCUGCUGACGUACUAUUGUGGAGAAAUAAGAAGAUUUCAGCAGGUUUUCUUGCCGGAGCCACUGCAAUUUGGGCCUUUUUUGAAUUGCUUGAAUACCACCUCCUUACUCUUGUUUGUCACAUUUUGAUUGUCGCCCUCGCAAUCUUGUUCUUAUGGUCCAAUGCCCAUACUUUUAUCCACAAGACUCCACCUCGUAUUCCUCAAGUUCAUAUUCCCGAGGAACCGUGGCUGCAGGUGGCUUCCACACUGAGCAAUGAAAUUAACAGGGUUUUUGCAGUCUUGCGGAAUAUUGCGUCUGGAAGAGAUUUGAAGAAAUUUCUCAUUGUUAUUGCUGGCUUGUGGAUUCUAUCAAUUGUGGGGAGCUGGGUUAAUUUCUUAACCUUGUUCUACAUAUCUUUCGUUUUACUGCACACUGUGCCUGUUCUGUACGAGAAGCAUGAACACAAGGUUGACCCAUUAGCAGAGAAGGCUAGCAUUGAGCUCAAAAAGCGAUAUGCGGUGUUUGAUGAAAAGGUUUUGAGUAAGAUCCCAAGGGGUCCUCUGAAAGAUAAGAAAAGGGCUUAGAGAUGAGAUGCUCUGGAUGUAGACAUUUGGGUAUCUUCUGGUUUUGUAGCUUGUGAUGUUCGUCUUUUUUUCCUCAGUCUGCUAAGGCCCUUCUUUCUUCUUGCCUGCUCUAUGCUGUUCAAAUUGUAUGGUUUGUUGUUUGGUCUUUUGGUCUUUUGGUCUUUUGGUCUUUUGGUCUUUUGGUGGUCGUAGUUUUCCGUUGUAGGUUUCAUUCUAAUGCAUAUUCGAGCAGCUUUUAGGAAAGCAAAGCAAGCAACUUAACAAUGGUUGAAUUUUUGUUGAAACUUAUGUAUUUGGAUAUAUGUGGUGUCUUGUACAUGGAUAUGUCCUCAAUGCAAUGCUGGAUAUGUUAAUAAUUGAAAAUCGCUGUUAAAUUUAUGAACCUGAAUGAAAAAGUACUUGCUGGAAUUUCAUCAGCAAUUUUGUCAA